AUGACUGAGAAUCUUAUUGCAACAUCCAAGCUAACUGGGGGAUGUAGGAUCGCGGCACUUAAUGCACUGCAAGCUGCAAUGUCACGUGUAGAAAAGAAUGAUAACUUCGCGAAGACGUUUGAACUGAAAGUUCGCACAGAAGAAAAGAGGCUACUGGAUAUGUUGGAUGAGGAACAAGCCAAAAUGCAAUCGGAAGAGGAGCAGUUCCAGGCCCAAUUUGAAACCCUUCUGAAGUCUGCUCUGGCACCGCUUUCCGGUCCAGCCAAGGAUGUUCCGCAUAUUGACGAGGGCGAAAAGGACCCUGAGGCGCAGGGAGCAACCUCUUUCGCGAGCCACCCCCUCUAUGUCGCGUCUAAAACCUUGCUUGAACGUUUGCACGCCGUGCUUGACGCGUGCGAGAGGGUCAAUGACUAUAUCAGAGAUAUUGACCAGCUUCCAAAUUUGGCAGAAGAAUGGGAGAAGGACUACGUGGAAGCGCGACGACUUAUUAUAGCCGGCCGUGAAGCCUCCACGUUAGAGAUUGAAAAAAUGAUCACGUAUGACAAGGCUCGAAUAAACGGUGUCAAUGGACAAGGAGGCAAAGCUUUGAAGAGAAAGAGGGAUUCUGAGAUGGAUGAGAAUCUGAAAGCCAUGUUUGAAAUGGGUAAGGCGGACGAUGAGGAAGAGGAGGAGGAUGGGAGUGAAAUGGGGAAAGGACGAGAGGAGAUACAUGGAUGGGGAAUUACGGCGCAUAGGCUUCGGAAAGGGCUGAGAGCGCUAAUCAGCGCGUUCCCAGAGAGUGGUUGUACCUGGCCGGACCAAGCACAUGAAAACCACAUAAGGAGAUAA